GGGAGGAGGGAAAGAGAUAAGUGAUCUAAAGGAGAGACGAUAGGACAAAAAAAAGUGAUGAUGAUGAAUACAUUGGAAAGUUUUUUGGGCCCUGACGAGGGUGUCAGAUUGAAUGGCCUGUGCGCAUGUGCGAAGGUGUCCGAACUGACAAUGCUCGUGAGAUGAAGACAGUGCUGGUGCUGCUUCUGAGCUCGAGGAGGACGAGAGGAAUCUACGAGCCGACGAGAUGAGAUCCAAGGCGAGGGCGAGAAAACUGGCCAAAAAUGACAGCGAGGCAGUAGAAAGCAUGUAUGACACAGAGCUCAACCCUGCGGCUGGCGAGAGUGCUGAAGAGGAGACAGAAGACAGCAUCAUGUCACCUAUUGCCAUGGGGCCUGCCUCCCCCCAGCCCAACAAUGAGGACUUCACCCCUAAAGAGGGCUCGCCCUAUGAGGUGCCUGUCUACAUUCCCGAUGACAUUCCUAUCCCCUCCAACCUGGAGCUGCGUGAGUCCUCUGUCCCAGGAGCUGGCCUAGGAAUCUGGGCCAAAACCAAAAUUGGGAUGGGUGAACGUUUUGGACCAUACAACGGACUGCAGAGUGCCACCGUCAAAGAAACCACUUAUGGAUGGGAGCAAAUGCUGAAUGAUCAUGAAGCGUCGUCUCAGGACAGUUGCAUCAAAAAGGUAGUAGACGACAUGGGCAAUGUGAAGUUCUGUCUGGAUGGAGCGCUUGAGGCCAGCGGGAGUUGGCUGAAGUACGUACGCACAGCGCCGUCCUACGAAGAGCAGAACCUGACUGUGUGCCACCUCAGUGAAGAUCAGAUUUAUUAUAAAGCUAUUAGAGAUAUUGAGGUAGGGGAGGAGUUGCUGGUUUAUAUGAAGGACGGAGUUUUCCCCGAGGGCUCCAUGGCACCCAACCUAGAAGAUGAGCAGAUGUACCGAUGUGAAGACUGUGAUGAGCUCUUCUCCUCAAAGCUGGAGUUGCGGAGGCACCAGAAGUACUCCUGCAGCAGUGGUAACUCCAUCUUUGACACACUAAGUGAAGACCUCAAACAGGAGCGGGAGGACAGUGAUGAACCAGUGUACGAGUGCAAAGAUUGCGAGAAGAUCUUCCCCAGCGAGUACAGUCUUGGCCAGCACAUGGUUGUGCACACAGAAGAGAGGGAGUACAAGUGUGACCAGUGCCCCAAAGCUUUCAACUGGAAGUCGAAUCUCAUUCGUCAUCAGAUGUCACAUGAUAGUGGCAAGCGAUUUCAGUGCGAAAACUGUGAUAAGGUGUUCACAGACCCUAGCAAUCUGCAGCGCCACAUCCGCUCACAGCAUGUCGGUGCCCGUGCCCACACCUGCCCUGAGUGUGGCAAGACCUUCGCCACCUCCUCAGGCCUCAAGCAACACAAGCACAUCCACAGCAGUGUCAAGCCUUUCAUGUGUGAGGUGUGUCACAAGUCCUAUACCCAGUUUUCCAACCUGUGCCGCCACAAGCGGAUGCAUGCAGACUGCCGCACCCAGAUCAAGUGCAAGGACUGCGGGCAAAUGUUCAGCACUACCUCCUCCCUCAACAAGCACCGGCGCUUCUGCGAGGGCAAGAACCAUUAUAGUCCUGGAGGCAUGUUCACACCAGGCAUCCCUAUGACCUCUAGCCCCAUCAUGGGCAAAUCUAAGCCCCAUCCUAGCCUGAAUCAUGGCGGACUUGGCUUCAGUGAUUACUUCCCCUCUCGGCCCCACCACCCAGGUCUGCCCUUCUCCACGGCACCUCCUGCAUUCCCAUCCCUUUCCCAUGGCUUCCCAGGAAUCUUUCCUCCAUCACUAUAUCCAAGGCCACCAUUGUUACCCCCAAGCCCAUUACUAAAGAGUCCACUGAGUAACAGUCAAGAUGGGAAGCUCCCUCACGGUCCCCUUGAUGCUCCUACCCUUCCAAUGGUUACAUCUGUUAGCAACACCAAUGGCAAUGCAGGGAGUGGCCUCAGUAGCCAGUCUGAGGAAAAUCGUGAAUCCAAGCUGGACUUAUCCUUCCCAGAUGGCAAGAAUAAGGUGAAAAUGAGUGACAUGUCUGAUGGAAGUGAUUUGGAGGACGUUAAUACCACAAGUGGCACUGAUCUAGACACCACCACUGGCACGGUUUCGGGCUCUGAUCUGGACAGCGAAGCAGAGAGUGAACGAGAGAAAAGUCGAAGGAAGUCUGGACAGGAAGGCAAGCAAGAUGAGGUCAGCAGCAGCUCUGUGUCAGUGUCCAGUUCAGGCAAUCUUCCUCAUGACCGUCCCUUCCUCUCUUCCCAGCAUUCCUUCUUCCCACCACCUGAUGAGCAAGCACUUCCACCUACCGGUGCAGCAACUGACUCUAUCAAAGCCAUUGCGUCCAUUGCUGAAAAGUACUUUGGGCCAGGCUUUAUGGGCUUGCAAGAAAAGAAAAUGGGCUCUUUGCCUUACCAUUCCAUGUUCCCCUUUCAGUUCUUACCCAACUUUCCACAUUCCUUAUACCCUUUUACAGACAGAGCUCUCAACCCCAACAUGUUCCUAAAACCAGAGCCCAAAUCACCUCGUGAGCACAUACAGAAAAUGGCCACCACUACUGCUACAGAGUCACCCUUUGACCUCACUACCAAGCCCAAGGAGGUGAAACCCCUCCUUCCACCCUCCAGCAAGCCUGCCUUGCCCUCUAGUGCACUUCUGCCCAGUGGUGAGGAGCAACCUCUGGAUCUGAGCAUAGGCAGUCGGAGCAGAGCCAGCCAGAAUGGCGGAACACCUGAUCAGCGCAAGAACCAUGUCUAUGGCACAAAUUGCAAAACUCCAGUUAAAGAUGAGCAUCCAGUUCUAAACCAAUCUCAGAACCUCCAUCAACCCCAGAUGCCUCAGCAGCAAGUGUCCCUCCCACAGCCACCUCCACCCCAGCAGCAGCCCUCUCUGCAUUAUGCCAAGCCCUCACCCUUCUUCAUGGAUCCCAUCUACAGCAGGGUGGAGAAAAGGAAGCUGAUAGAUCCUGUAGGAGCACUGAAGGACAAAUACCUGAGGCCAUCUCCACUGCUCUUCCACCCUCAGAUGUCUGCAAUGGAGAACAUGACUGAAAAACUGGAGAGCUUUGGUGCUUUGAAACUGGACGCUCCCAAUUCCCUGCAGCACUCCUCACACCACCUCUUUAACUUCCGUUCCCCUCCUCCUUCUCUGUCUGAUGCUAUCCUACGGAAAGGCAAGGAGCGCUAUGCCUGCAGGUACUGUGGGAAAAUCUUUCCCAGGUCGGCUAAUCUUACCAGGCACUUACGAACACACACGGGAGAACAGCCCUACAGAUGUAAAUACUGUGACCGUUCGUUUAGUAUCUCCUCUAACCUCCAGCGACAUGUUCGUAACAUUCAUAAUAAGGAGAAGCCCUUUAAGUGCCACCUGUGUAACCGCUGCUUUGGUCAGCAGACCAAUCUGGACCGCCACUUAAAAAAACACGAGCAUGAAAAUAUUCCAGUGAGUCAACACUCUGGGAUCCUUUCAAAUUUGGGUACAAAUAUCUCCUCUCCAAACUCAGAGCCUGACAAUCAUGCACUUUUAGACGAGAAGGAGGACUCAUACUUCUCAGAGAUUAGAAACUUCAUCUCUAACAGCGAGCUGAACCAGGCCUGCAGCUCUUCAGAAAAAAGGUCAGAGCUGACAGAAGAGGAGCAUCCUGAGAGCCAUGCCAUCACAGGCUCCAAACUAGAGGAGGAGGAAGAGGAGGUUGAGGGAGAUGAUGAAGAUGAAGAAGGCUCGCUUACGGAAAAGUCACAGGACGAGACGGCUUCUCCCGCCACCAUGGUGCAAGGCACUUACGAAGAUGACGAGGAAUCGGCUCCUCUCUCUAUGGCCUAUGAACACCCGCGCAGGUGUAUUGAGGAGGAUGCAGGACUGUUAGAUCUGGAGCCUCUGCCGGGCUUCCCCAAGGGCCUGGAGCUCCAUAAGCCUGGUGAUGAGCCCUUUGACGUUAAAGACAUUUUUAACACCUCCUUAGAGUCUGAGGCGCUGAAAGAAACACUGUUGAGGCAGGCUAAAACACAGGCUUAUGCAAUGAUGCUCUCUCUGUCAGAGAACAACCCCCUGCACCCAUCCUCCCAGAAUUCGCUGGAUGCCUGGCUGAACAUGGGAGGAGGCCCUUCAGAAACCAGCUCCUUUCAUCCACUCAACCACAUCUAAGCCCAGAGAGCAAGGAGACAGUGAAGGAUCGGAAUAAGAGAUGGGGAGAGAGAGGGGAAAGGAUGGCUAAAGACAUGUAAGAGAAGCAUGUGUUAAAAAAGCACAUGAAGAACAGCAACGCUUACAGUAGAUGAACCACCACUUUAGUAGGGCAAAAGAGGCUCAGGAGGGAGCUCAGCCAACUGGACUGUUGGCUAAAACAGAGACACAAACCAUUAGAGCUGUAGAGAUCUCCUUUCCACCACAGAUAAAGAGAUUGACCAGACCACUCCUGGCCACACAGUACAGUACCCAGUCUGUCUGCCACUCCUGGCUUCAAACCAGCUGCCGAACCUGCAGUGUUCUCCACAGAAGCUCACUCUAGGAGGACUACUAUGUACCAGUGACUUCACAAAUCACCCCAUUCCCAUCAUUUACUAUCAUGGCAACCAUGCUUAUGAAAGUGAUGCACUGCAUGACUAAAGCAGGUUGCUCUGAAGGUCUACAGUGGCUAAGAAAGGUAUUUUUACAUGUACACUAAUGCAUCCAUAUUCCCAAAGAAUCCUCCAUUUGGUUGAGUGGACAUGCAGUGGGAGGGCACAUUGCCUCAACAAGACAGGGUGUUUGCAAGCUGAACAGGGUUAAUGUUCUGCAUUCUGUCCUCUAGAUGUCUCCAAAAAGCCACAACUGCACUGUUAAAGGUUCAAUUGGAACAUCCGUUUGCAAAUUGCCACAAUAUAAAAAUCAAAAAGAGGUGAGAGAGUAGUAGAAGUAAUUGGAGUCACUUUCAUUUCCAAUCAUGUACCUCAUUUUAUAUCGUUCCUCCAUGAGCAAGAUUUGGACAAUUGAUUGUUGAUCAUUUUUAGAGCAGUAAAACUUCUGCAAUGCAUUACUGCUCAAUUACAUGUACACUUAUUGUACACAGGCCUUUGUCUGAACUGAGAAUUUUGUUUGAAGAGUUAAAUUAUUCUCCUUUGGAGGCAUUUGGAAUAUCCUCUUCACUUCCUCAUGCAUUCACUAAGGUUAUCCUCUUUUUGUAUGUGAUUUGUUCUUCGAUAAACAGUAUUGUUUCCUUUCAAGCACAUCUGUGCUUAAAUGUUAAUAUAAUUAUUUAGUGAAGGACCAAAUUUGUACGAUAUUGUUGUAUGAUGUACAAAAUAAUUUGAAAGUUCGUAGCAAAGAGUGUUGUGUGCCAAAUAACCCUUUUUUUCCUUGGACAAUCAUUUCUUGUUUUCUACAGUGGAUGUUGCCACUGUUUUAGUAGUGUUUUCUCUCCCUUAUUGCCUACUCACACUAUACAUUUGAUUUGAGUUUUUGUUUUCUAUUUAUUUUAGUUUUUCAUUAUUCAUAAAAGAAAAAUGACUCAAGAAAAAAAAAAUCUCACCCACUCUACUUUUCUGAAGGAAUGAAAUUUGAAAAAUAUGAUUGAGAUGCGUGAUCUCGCAAUGCUCUGAAGGUUGUUGUAUAGAGACCGGUGUGCCAAAAUUUAAAUGACAAAAUUAACUGUUAUAUUUAUGACAACUUAGUCUUGGCACCAGUCUAUUUGUGUCCAUUGUGAGGUUUGUUUUGUCUUUCGUUUGCUCAACCAUUUCAAACUGUAUGUGCAGUGUUUGAUGUUGAACAAAUGGUUGAAAUUUUUUCAAUGAAAUUCUUUGAUUAAAGCUUCAGGUAACUUGAAUAGUGGGGCAUUACAUUUUUACACUCAUAUUCAAUCAUACUGUCCGUUUUAGUCUACCCAUUUUAACUACAGCAACAGAAAGACCCUGUAACACAUUCUGAAAGCUUGACUCCCUGUGUGUGUGCCACUGUAUUCAAAACACUUUAACACAUCCUGUUUUGUAAUGGGAACCCAGAAACCAUUCGGUGAGUUGCUUACGUUUAAUGGGCGCAUGUGCUAGAUGUUUAAGCCUUGGAACCAACUGCAUAGAGUGAUUUUAUUAUCUAAUAAUAUCUCUUACAAACAAAAGCAGCUGCUGUUAAUGGAAGAGGCUAGAAUAGAAUUUAAUCAGUGGGGUCAAAUGGUGAGCUGUGAGGCCUAACAUCACCGCUGAUAUGUGAUCGUAGUUAGGGUUUGGGCAGGAAGCACACUCCCUGAAUACGCAUUUUAGCAUAGCACCAGGGCUCGGGAGUCCUCGUGCAGCUCGAUGAACUGUGAAUCCAGCGCAUGAAUCGUACAAAUAAAGAAAAUGACUAACCACAAACUCAUGAUGAAUGUGUAGAGUAGAUUUAAUGUGUGACUAACGUAUCAAACUUCUGUCAGACAAAAACCCUUCAUCUUCAGUCAUUUUUGGGAGCCAGAUGGAAUCAUAUCUUUCAUUAUUACUUCUUUUGUCACAGUCUUUUCUUUUGUGUACUCUCCUUGCAUAUGGCUUAGGACACUCCCUCUGGAGUGUAGUGCAAACUGCAAAUGAGCACUUAAAUACAGGGCACUCAUGUCUAUGAGCUACAGAGUUAGUUCGGGUCCAGCUUAAAUAAGAUUCUUCAAAAAAGGCUGUGUGAUUUUAACAAGCACUUUAACCCAAGAGACAGUACAGCAUGCUGGCACUAGGAACCACUCCAGUAUGAGUGAAUAUACACCACAAGAAAAAGAUAUCAUGCGAGAGAAUUCACUUUAACCUGGAGUGCUAUAGUAGUCCUAUGCCACUAGAUGGCGCCUCUGUAUCAUUUUGCCACAUUCUCAAUUUCAAUAAUAUAUUUUCACUGUACAAUGAAUAGGAGUUCACAUGUGCUCCCUACUAACUAGCACUGCUGGACAUAUUUAGGAAUAUUACAUAUGGAGAGGUUCAUGUCACAUACUACUGUAAUAAACAAGCGCUGUAGGUGGUGGAGAAAUUGAUCCACAUGUUGGGGGAAAAAACACGAAAGAAUGGUCACAAACUGAACUUAAUAUGGACAUUAUUUUUGGCCCACUGUUACAAUACAAAAUAAAUGUAAAACCAUAAACCAUAGGUAAUUAUGGUUUCUAUAAAACUGUAUAAUAUUUCAAAAAAAAGUAAUGUUGCAUAUGUCUGAAAAUUAGUUGAAAACAUGGGUUUGAAAAUAGAUGGUGCUUGUUUCAUUUGAAUCUGAGUUGUAUAUCGCUUCUGUUUAAUAAAAAAAGCAAAAACAAAAAAAAAAACAAAACAAAAAACCUAUUGUGCAUGACUUGUGUUUUAGCGGUCAUAAUGGUGUCCAUUUGUGAAAUGUGUAUCUUAAAUUAAAAAGAAAAAAAUGGUCAUAAAAAAUGAAUUUGUAGAUGCACUUAUUGUACAUGUGGUUAGGUUAGUAGGUUUGACUUUAAGUCCUUGUUAACUGCCUUAAAUGCAAUGGGCAGAUGGUUAUUGAAUUAAACAAUAUGCUUGUGGGAGAGAAAUAAUGAAAAAAAUGAAAGGAUUGUAGAAUAAUAAUUCUGAAAUUGCAGUUCUUUUUUCAUGCUUGUGAUUACUGAAGAUGUACUUUAGAGAAAUUUCAUGGAAAAGACAUGAUUCUGAUGUUAAUUCUGUAGAAUAGAUAUGUAUACCAAAUGUAAUCUUUCCAAUGCUAUGAAGAAUUUAUACAUGAAAUUGAUAUGCAAUAAAAACCUGUGUGCUUUUUA